UCGAAUUUUCGAGGGCCUGUAGUCUCUGCGUUUAGUCUGCGUUUAAUCGGCGUCUCCGGUUUUAAGGGUGGGUCUGUCUUUUUGUGGGAGGGGUCGUACCGACUAGCACGAGUAGGAUUAAUUGAAAAUAUAAGGACACUUUUGACGGAGAGCUUCUAGUCAGUAACGAGAGUCGAUAGUGGACCCGGUCCAGGGUAUUCAAACUUCGAACGAAGUGCGAUUUCGUUAGAAAGCGAUACGUUCAGGACGUACACAUACGACAUUGGUGAUUACUACCUCGCGGUGGAUGAAUUUUCUUCUUCAAGCCCUGUAGGGUCCAUCCCUCAUUCCCUUCCCCGUAGUCUGCCCGACCGUUCGUUUCUCCCUUUCCCCCCUGGCCCUUUCCUCCUUUACCUCAUUACACUACGUACCCCUCUGUUCAUGGCUACAGAGUUCGGGGUGGGGGUAACAAGCUGUAUUAUCCUGCACGAUAUUAUACUCAGAGUUAAAAGUUAAGGAGAGACAGAAUUGGACAGAACUGAGCAGCUCCUUAUAUACUGAAUCAUCCAAAGAUUACUGGAGUUUUAUGCAGGAAUAUGUCAAGUUUAAAAAUUGUGUUGGCAAUACACUUGCUUAAUCCACCUUUGCGAACGAUGGACCCUGAACCAAGAAAUCAAAGGGUGUGCCAACAAUAAAAAACAAAAAAAAGCUAAAGAAUGAAUGCCUGCUCCACCGACCCUGUCGACACAACACAAGCAGGCUUAAGAUUCAUUCACGUAGUACGUGAGUAGCCGAUAACACGUGCCACUCUCCGACGUACAAAUCUCUAUAUUCGCACAUGGCAGCCAUGAAGCAUGGCAAGACAAGUCAGGACGACGUGUGCUACGUCGUCGCGAAGUACGAUUACGGAGGACAAGGAGCCCAGGAAUUGGAUCUACGUAAAAAUGAACGAUAUUUAUUACUGGACGACUCCAAACAUUGGUGGAGAGUCCAGAGUGCCAGGGGUCAAGCUGGGUAUGUUCCGAGUAACUACGUCAAAAAGGAAAAGCCAUCUCUGUUUGACAGUAUCAAAAAAAAAGUCAAGAAAGGUUCAGGAUCAAAAACGCUACCGUCAAGUAACUCACCUUCAAGAGCGGUCGAGUCGCCAACCAUGGCUCGAAGAUUACCCGCAGAUCCGAGUGAAGCCAUUGGAACAGCAGUUGUAAAAUAUAAUUAUCAAGCACAGCAGGCAGACGAACUGUCAUUGGUGAAAGGAACGCGGAUUCUCAUACUUGAGAAAAGUAAUGACGGCUGGUGGAGAGGACAGAGUGGCACUCAGGCUGGUUGGUUUCCUUCAAACUAUACUCAAGAAGAAGGAGAUGCAGAUGAUACGUUGCACACUUAUGCAAUGGCAGAAAAUGUGUUGGAUAUUGUUGUGGCUCUCUAUUCAUUUUCUUCUAACAAUGAUCAGGAGUUAUCCUUUGAGAAAGGAGAUCGUUUAGAAAUCCUUGAUCGUCCACCAGCUGAUCCUGAAUGGUACAAGGCUAGAAAUGGCCAGGGACAAAUUGGCUUGGUUCCUCGCAACUACUUACAAGAACUAAGUGAGUACUUGACACAACCUUAUCGUGAGCGAGGAAUGACAACCAGUGAAAUUGGAGCUGGAGACUCAUUGGAACGAAGGCCAGAUCCAGGGGAUAGACCCCAUCUGGUUGGGAAGCCAUGGUACUAUGGAAGAAUAACUCGAUCUCAGUGUGACACUCUUCUAAAUCAGCAUGGACAAGAUGGGGAUUUCCUCAUUAGAGACAGUGAAACAAACAUGGGAGAUUACUCUGUAUCACUGAAGGCACCAGGACGAAAUAAGCACUUCAGGGUACACGUGGAGGGUGCUUUGUAUUGCAUCGGGCAGCGAAAAUUUCAUACUCUUGAUCAACUGGUGGAUCAUUACCAACGGGCUCCAAUCUAUACAAACAGACAAGGGGAGAAAUUAUUUUUAGUUCGUCCAUUACCGAAAGGAAAUCCUAGUAGCAAUGGCUGCUAGACUAAAAUAAAGGCAGCAUUUUUUUUCUGUACGUAGGAUUAUCUUAAUACCUAAUACCUGCCUAGCGUAACAAUUGAUAUCGUCACGUUAAGCAGCGUUUAUACACGAGACUAACAUAAUUGGUGAGCUCAUAUAUUAGUGUUUCUCUUAUUUGUCUUUUAUUACUAAAUAAUUUAUUAUCAUAAGUAAAAUAAUUAAUUAUAAAUAACGAACGUUGGAGCUUCCAACUUUACAAUAUAUUAGUAAAAGUAAUGGCAGCUAAGCGAGCUGGUGGGAGAUCAUCCAUUUAGUUUACGCCAUGCUUCUAUAUCUAUUUAAUAUUGUACUAAGGUGUCGCGUCGACUAUGUUGCUACUAGUAGAAAAUGCCAACGUACCCAUACAUACUCUAGCGCACGCAAGUAUAACGAUCAAUUAAUGAUAAUUAUUAAACCAUACGACGAGUAACCAGAUCUAUCAAUAUGGAAUAUACCGAUUAAGUUAAAACAAAGACUAAGUGUUCAUUUGUGAUUUUGUAUUUAUUAGAACAUUUUUAAGUAAAUAAACCAUAUUUAAGUGUGCACACAUCUUUCACCCAUUAUUGUCGUCAUCUUCCGAAGUAUUCCAAGUAUCAUUAUCACCAGUUCAAACACACUCUUGACAUUUAUGAUUGGAUUGGGUUAAUGAUGGACGGGUGAAAAGGUAUUACGUCAAAUCCAUAAUGUAUCUGUAUAAUUAGUAACAAAUAUUAUCUUUAUUUAACGUGUAUAUUAUAUUCAUAAAUAAAAGUAUCAUUUACUUUUUUUUAUAUGAAUAAAUGAGAUUGGUGCUCUUAAAACGUAAAGUUGUUGGCACUAAUUGCCAACAAAGUCAUGUAUAUAAACAAUUUUUUUCUAUACUAUACGUAUUUUAGUUUUGCAUUAUUUGUUCGUAAGGUAAUUGUAAAUUUAGGCUUGCAUAAUCAUAAGAAAGGAUUGUUCGUAUUUCUUGUUGCCGUGCCAACACCGGAUC